AUGAAGUGCUGCAAGGCCUUCAUGUUGAUGCUCUUCCCCUGCGUUGCGAUGCGCCCCGGCCUGGAGCAUAACCUCACCAGAGGUGCCUGUGAUGGCAGGGCCUUUGUCAAAACAGGUUGGGUUGGACAAGGCACCAGCGAGUGGGACGUUUGUGUGGUGCCGAAACAAGAGAUCACCCAGGAGGGAUGCGCCAAGUAUUUUGCUUAUUCCAGCAAGCUGGACCGCUUUGUGGCCUGUGUCUACUACGACAAGGUGGAGGAUUUGAUGGCACGAAACCCUACAAGGGUCACUGCCAGGACGAAGCGCCACAACGUUCAUAUUUGCUCCGUCCAAGACCUCAAUCCGGUGUUCAAAGACAAGCCACAUCCGCCGACGGUGAAAUGUGGCAAGAGUGACGUGCCGGUGAAGGAGAAGAUCGAUCGUUGGCGCUUCCAUGCUGAAAAGACUUGCAAGGAAAGCCUUUGCAAGAAGGCCCAGAAAGGAAGCUGGAGGAAGUUUAAGCAGAGCGAUGCCAUCGCGCUGCCCUGGCCCAAAUCGAUCUCCGGACUCACAAAAUGUGGAUGGCCUAUGGUCGACUGUGGAUGGAAGAGGACCGCCGAGAGGAAGUGCCAGCUGACGUAUGCCGGCGCCACCCUGAUUGACCCCGAGAAACUCUUCGGCGAUCUGGUGGCAGGUGUUGGAUGUCGCCGUGGGCUCAGAAAGUGUCAAGGCACAGUGUGGAAGUCUAAUUUUCAUGGGAGAAGACGGGAACUUCAACAAAGCCGCCUGCCCAUCAUCCUGAUCGGAAUGUGGUACUCCCUUGAUCUGGCGGCUGCAAUGCCCGUGCUGGCUUAUUUUGCCAAGAAGAUGCGCCACCUGGUGGCCGUGGCAUAA